AUGGCGUCCAAGUCGAUGUGUAGUCGCUGUCUACGACUAGCAACAGCAAAUGCUCCCCCGAAAUCUGGGCCUAGCAUAGCACGGCGAGCCUUCACAUCAUCGGCAACGAGACAGCCCAGCAAUGCUCGAAGCAUACAUCAGUCCGCGAAGCAAAGAGCAGCGCCCGCCGUACGGUCAACACAGCAUAGCUCACCGCCGUUGCCCGCGAGGACAGCGCAGCAGCCAAGCGAGCCCAGCCGAACACUGUUACAGCCCAACAACCUCUUCCACUCCUUCACCAACUCACCUUCGCCCGAGAUCCGGAAACGAGCUGCGUUCAUGAGACAGAACGCAUAUUGUCCGCAUCCCGAACACCAAGCAACAAGAGCACCAACAUCGCCGCAUGACCUGGAAGCGAGGAAGACUGGUACCAGACCACCGGCACAUGUACGCUACGAGUGUCCCGAUUGUGGCAUACCAGUGUCGUGUAGUGAAGAGCAUUUCGUGAGCGACUAUGAAAGCCAUUUGGAGAUAUGCGACUUGUUGCGGGAGAUCAAUGAGGAUGACCAUGAUUUGCACAGUGGGAGGUUCUUCCAAGAGUUCGACUAUCCGCCGGCAAAUAUUGAAGAGGCGCAGGUGAAUAUGACGAAUUGGGAUACAUUACUGUUCAGCAGAGAGUUUCAGGCAGUCAACGAUGAGAGGAGCAUGCGGCAGGUUACUCGGCUGUUGACAUAUCCCAUCACGAUUGGUAGUGUGUUGCAUGAGCUCAGUCCGUACAAUCUGCAACAGCGAUUGUUGCCGGAAGGUCUGAGAUCGUUAAGUGCCCUCCGCUAUACUCUCCAUCCACCCCGAUCAGGUGCUGGACUAGAUAUCAAAGGUCUGCGUCCAAACGCACCACCUGUCCGGCUCUUCAUCCUCGGCGCACGCGCGGAGUCCAGCUUACCUCGCGAAGUCUGGAUACAGCUCUCAUACCUGUUCCCACGAGCUACGUUCCAUCUGAUCUUCGUCGGCCCAGAAUCGAUGACGAACCGCGACUCAGAGUUCCCACUCCCUGAACGGACACCCUCGAACCCAUACGGAGCCAUCACUGAAGAUCGACUGGGAGGCCAGAUGAAGAUCUCGACCUACGUCGAAUACUACCACACGCUCCACGAAGCGCAGCACUUCUACCCAUACGACCCCUACUUUGACUGCUUCGUACUGUUCCACCCCGGUCUAGGACAUCCUGCAAGCUCACACGAAUGGGAGCAGACACUACCCCAACUUCUGGAAACCAAGGUGCCAAUAAUAUGCACUGGCUACACGGAGUACGACAUGGAGCGAGACAUCAACUGGGUCAAGAAGCAGGCUGGUGGCGAGAUGGAUCUGAUUCUGCAGCCGGGUGAGAAUAGGUUCAGGAGUCUGAGGUGGGACCUUAACGAUUUAGAUCCAGGCGAUGUCAGCUGUGGUAAUUGGGGUAUCUGGGGUUUUAGGGGAAAGAGGUAUGAAGCCGACCAGUACACGGGAAGGGAAGAAGCUGCGCCAGCAUCGAAGCAGGAGUAA